ACUAGUAUUCUUCAUUUCUAGUUACUAUAAUGGCUCCAACACCAAAAUUCGGCCCAAAAAAGAUUCAAAACGUCUCGGCGGUUUCAUGCUCUGUUAAGAAAUAUCAAGCUUCCACCUCAUCCCCCGUACCAAUUUUAAACGUCCAGGAGCGAGUUGAGCUCCGCAAGCUCGAGCAAAUGCUGCCAGUGAGCCCGAAGAAUUGUGAUCCAGCAGAUGUUGUGCUCCGUGCGGCUUCUUAUAUCGAUCAACUCGUGGCGACGGUUCAAGCUCGCGUGAAAAAUGGAACACUUCCAAUGGGUGCUCUCUCCUCCCUUCCACCACAAUACUCCAAACCAAUAAAGUCUUCCCGGCGGACGGUCUCCAGCAAAAAAUCCCGCAGAUCCAUGGAAAAGAAGCGAUGAAAAUUUUUUUUCUUUGAAUUUAUUUCCAACUUUUCAAAAAUCACUGUGAUCCUUCAAUUCUUUAAUUAUAAUGUGUUAAAAAAAAUACGGGUAUACUGUAUAAUAAAUGUCUGUAGAUCAUAUUU